GAGAAAGAGCAUGUGUGCACGACAUGUUUAAAUCGUCUUAGCGUGUAUCGUUUGCUUCACAGCUUCUCGUGCAAAUAUUUUCAACGUGUGGCGUUGUUGACGCUUAGCGUCCUUCAUUAUGAACGCUUUCGUUCGUGGCCCGUGUAGCCUUGCACUAUCCCUUUCCAAACCUUUUAUAUUUGAUUUUAGUUUCUCGAAAGUUCGAGAAAACAUUAUUGAGGGGUUAAGAAAUGGUGAAAAGUGUACUACGCACUUAUCCGCACCGUGGUGAUAUGAGCUCGCGAGAGAGACACGCCCACUUCCAGUGUGUACGCGUGAGGAGCGCGUGUUUUUCCGUGCACAGUGUCACUUUGAUGCUAUUUGCAUAAGCAGUUUUCUUCCUGACAGCCAAUACGUUUUUAUCAUUUUCCAUCAAAUUAUUAUCGAGUUUCGUUAAUCUUAAGUACUAAUCUGAAUUGGAGACCUUUAAAUGGUGUGUAAUGCGGAAUGUUGGUUGUGUUUUGUGAACUGCAGGGGGCAGUGAGUGAGUCCUAUAUGAAGUCAGUAUUGAAUGAUAAAGUUUGAGUCAUGCGAUUUAUAGGUCCCUUGAGUGUGUGUGUGUCUCCGUGAAAGAGAAUGAGUCACAUCUGACGGGAACCCUUCUGGAAGUAUUGCUCCUGUCAUGGAGGAGGUGUCAGGUCCCCGGUCCUGCACUGCAAAGCCCCCUCGCAGUCUGCUGGAAUGGAAGAAGAGAGUCAAGUCUGAGUACAUGAGGUUGAGACAGUUGAAACGCUUCCGCAAAGCUGAGGAGGUCAAGGCUCUAUUCCAGUCGAAUCGCCGUAAGAUUGAAGAAAGAACUGAGCUGCUGAAUGAGGAAUGGUCCAAGCUCCGAAUCCAGUCCAUUCCUCUGUCCACAACCGGUGGCUCUCUGCCCAACAAAAAGUUGUGCAUGGUAGAGUUUGGCUUUCCGUCCUUUCCGAACCAGGCCGUUGCCAUGCGUCCCUUGACAACUGUUGCUGGGAUACCAUUCAUGUACUCCUGGUCCCCUUUGCAGCAGAACUUCAUGGUGGAAGAUGAGACGUUUCUGCAUAAUAUCCCUUACAUGGGAGACGAGGUGUUGGAACAGGAUGAGGCUUUCCUGGAAGAGCUUAUUGAUAAUUAUGAUGGGGUGCAUGGUGACAGAGAGGGAGGAUUCAUAAAUGAUGAGAUCUUUAAGGAGCUGGUGGAGGCAUUGAGCCAAUACUCAGACCCAGAGGAAGAAGAGGAGGAAGAGCCUACAGAGAGGGCAGAGAAUAAGGAGGAGGAGGAGGAGGAGGAGGAGGAGAAAGGGAUUCAGAAAAGUGUAGCAGAAGGACCUGAGGAGUCAAAAGGGGGCUUCUUCAAGAGAAAGAGGAGGAGCACUGCUGAAGGAAGAGAGCUCUCCACUAAUAAGAAGAUUCCUCAUGACAAGAUUUUCACAGCUAUUGCGUCCAUGUUUCCAUACAAAGGCACCAUGGAGGAGCUGAAGAACAAAUAUAAGGAUCUCCUGGAGCCGUCCAGCCCUGUGAAGUUGCCUCCUCUCUGCACGCCCAGCAUGGAUGGCCCCUUUGCCAAAUCUGUUCAGAGAGAGCAAAGUCUGCACUCUUUUCAUACGCUUUUCUGUCGCCGCUGCUUUAAAUACGACUGCUUCUUGCACCCUUUCCAUGCGUCUCCUAAUGUAUAUAAGAGGAAGAAUAAAGAGAUCCGUAUGGAGACAGAGCCCUGUGGACUGGACUGCUUCCUGCUGCAGAAAGGAGCAAAAGAGUUUGCUGAUCAAAACAUGCUGAGGUCUCAAAGGCCCCGGCGUCGACGCCGACAGCCCCGCCCCUCAAGUUCAUGUGGCCCCUCAGGCUCCGGUGAGGAGGGAAAAGAAGGAGACAGCGACCAUGAGACCACCAGUUCCUCAGAGGGUAACUCUCGGUGUCCCAGUCCCACCAAACUGAGACCAGGGGAGGAAGGAGCAGAGGAGUCUGAGUUGCCUCCUCAGUGGAGUGGAGCAGAGGAGUCUCUGUUUAGAGUCCUGCACGGCACAUAUUACAACAACUUCUGCUCUAUUGCACGACUCAUUGGCACAAAGACGUGUAGAGAGGUAUACGAGUUUGCAGUGAAGGAGGUGCUGAUUCACCGUGUUCCACUGGAGGAUGGUGGGAUCUCACCUCAGAAGAAAAAACGAAAGCACAGGUUAUGGGCUAAGAUACAGCUGAAGAAAGACAACUCAUCCAAUCAAGUGUACAAUUAUCAGCCAUGUGACCACCCUGAGCACCCAUGUGAUAGCUCCUGUCCAUGUGUGAUGACACAAAACUUUUGUGAGAAAUUCUGCCAGUGUGAUCGCGAGUGUCCGAAUCGGUUUCCUGGCUGUCGCUGCAAGACUCAGUGUAACACCAAGCAGUGUCCGUGUUACCUGGCCGUGCGGGAGUGUGACCCUGACCUCUGCAUGACCUGUGGGGCCGCAGACCACUGGGACAGCAAACAGGUCUCUUGCAAGAACUGCAGCAUCCAGAGAGGACUCAAGAAGCACCUGCUCCUGGCCCCAUCUGAUGUUGCAGGGUGGGGUACAUUUAUCAAAGAGCCAGUCCAGAAGAACGAGUUCAUCUCUGAGUACUGUGGAGAGCUUAUUUCCCAGGAUGAAGCAGACAGGAGGGGCAGAAUCUACGACAAGUACAUGUCCAGCUUUCUGUUCAACUUGAACAAUGACUUUGUAGUGGAUGCCACUCGAAAAGGGAAUAAAAUACGAUUCGCCAACCAUUCUGUCAACCCCAACUGUUACGCAAAAGUUGUCAUGGUUAACGGCGAUCACCGCAUCGGAAUCUUUGCCAAGCGCUCCAUACAACGAGGAGAAGAGCUCUUUUUUGAUUACAGGUACAGUCAAGCAGAUGCAUUGAAGUAUGUUGGCAUUGAGAGGGAAGUCGACAUUGUGUAGAUAUGCAUCUUGAGCGUGUCCACGUUUAGCUGGUAACAUUUUUGCCUACCCACAAUGCUUUGCACUUCACCGAGGGUGAGAUUUAAGAAUUCCUAUGGGGCAUAUUUUUGUAAUGACAUCACAGAUUGAUCUGAUGAUGCAGUCAGAGUGUGAUGUCACUACUUUAACCUGUGGUUUAACUGAAUUGUCUAAACAAACGUUUUUGUUUACUUUUUUGUGAUGAUGUUUGUGAUGACAUUGAAGAAACCAAAAGGUGUCCUCAAAAUGAUAAAUCCACUCCUCCACAUUUGCACUAUAUGGCCAAUACCACAGGAUAUCGAUAGACGGCAUCAUUUUCUCUGUCAUGGAAGGAAGAAUGCCAGUUCAGACAAUUGUCAUGAAGUUUUUUUUCUUUCUUUUUUUUUUCUUUUUUUUAAUCUUUCCAUUCAAAAGGCUCUGUAAACAGCUUUUGAAAUAGCUAUAACCUCUAUAUGCUCAAUAUAUACUGUAACUGCAAACUGAAUGCAUCACACCUAGCCGUUGUUGUUGUUUCUGGUCAAAAUAUUCUGUAGUGCAAAACAUCAAGCAAUAUUUCAUUGUUACAUUUGCACUUAUAGUCAGUCAGGUCAGUAUCUUUUCUUUCUAGAACAAACUUCAGUAAACUUGUCUGCAACCUGGUGUCAUUUGAUGUUAGCCUGUUACUGUAAUGUGCAUUGCUCUUGCAGUCCAUAUCUAUCUAUCUAUCUAUCUAUCUAUCUCUCUCUCUCUCUCUCUCUCUCUCUCUCUUCAUCAGCUGUAAGCUGCUUGCUGUAUUGCACAAUGCUGCCUCAUUUUGUCAGAUAUUACUAUUCUAACUAACAUAGCACUAAGGCAGUUAAUCUUCAUUUCUGCUUAAACUGUAUGAGGUUAAAUAUUGUUAAUGUUGUGUAGAAAUAAACAAAACAAGUAACCAUAUAAACCGACAGACUGAAUGUGAACCGUGAGCUAAAGAGCGACUUAAAGGACAUUGUUUAGCAGGCUUUUUUUUUUAAGAGUGAGUGUACAAAAUAGGCCUUACAAGGGUUAGGAUUUGGGUUUCACUGUACCAUUUUAUGUAAAAUAAAGAGCUAAACCAAA